UGAGCUGAAGGCAGUUGCUUAACCUACUGAACCACCCAGAUGACUCUACAAUGCCUACAUCAGGAGGAUAUUAUUCUACAAAUAAGGGCCCAGCGUGACAUUUAUGAGAAAGCUGGGGUCCUUCUGCGCAAAACUGAUUGGUGCUCAGCCAAUGGGCUCCGGGGCGUUGCAAAUAAAGGUACCUUCUCCACUGGGCUUGAUCGGAAGCAGGGCAGAGUGUUGCCUCUGCCUGUGGAACUUCAGGAAAUGCUCAGCCCCUGUGCUAGCAGACUACAUCUGUGGUCAGCAAAGACAAACUGGACUUUGAAGAUGAAACACCUUGUUCCUCAAUGCCCUUCCAUCUUGGUCAUCUGUUGCUUCUGCAUGCUACAGAUUCCCUCUUCAGGAUUUCCUCGACCUCUAGCUGAUGCCCCAGAUGGCUUGGAUAUCACACAGCUUGAGCAGCUGGCAUAUUGGGCAACUCUUUCUAGGCAACCUAAGUUUAUCCUUAUGCACAUGUCUGAAAACAAUUGUCCCAAGAUUGGAAAGGAUAAUCAAGACAUAUACAAAAGGUUUUUAUUUCACUACUCCAGAACUCAGAAGCCGACACUUCCAGUUAAAAGUGGGUUUCCGCCUGUGCACCCAUUAAUGCGCCUGGCCUGGCAGGUCGCCAACCAGAGGGUGAAAAGAUUUUCGCAACAGCGAGAUCCGGGGACUGCCGCGGUGGAUUUCACCAAGAAGGAUCACACUGCUCCCCGGGGACGAUCAUUCUUCCUUUUCAGGCCAAGGAAUGGAAGAAACACUGAAGAUAACACCCACUAGGACAGUCCAAGAAUUCAGUGGCAAAGAGAAACUGCAUCAGAUAAAGAAACCGAGCAAUUAUUUUGAACACAUAUCAACUUUCUUUCAGUGAACAACAAAAGAUAAUUCUCUUGCUCUAUAUUCACUAGACUAUUCAGUUGUAUAAAAAAUAAAGUAGCAUGGAGACAAUAUUUUCAUUUCUUAUUGGGAAGUCUUACAGGAGGGAUUAGAUGGAUUUUUAAAAUAAUGAGAUAUAGAUAAAUGAUAGAUAGAUAACAUGUGCUGUGUUUGGCAUUGUUUUGGCAUGUCCCAGAUAUCCUGUUAUUAUUGAGAAUUGAGAGCCCGAGCUAAGCCUAGCUGGCUUCAUGUUCUGAUUCUUUCAUCUUUUAG